AUGGCGGCGCCGGCCCCGGGGGCUGGGGCAGCCUCGGGCGGCGCUGGCUGUAGCGGCGGCGGUGCGGGCGCCGGCUCGGGCUCUGGGGCCGGGGGCCGGUUGCCCAGCCGGGUGCUGGAGUUGGUGUUCUCCUACCUGGAGCUGUCCGAGCUGCGGAGCUGCGUCCUGGCGUGCAAGCACUGGUACCGCUGCCCGCACGGCGAUGAGAACAGCGAGGUGUGGCGGAGCCUGUGCGCCCGCAGCCUGGCAGAGGAGGCUCUGCGCACGGACAUCCUCUGCAACCUGCCCAGCUACAAGGCCAAGAUACGUGCUUUCCAACAUGCUUUCAGCACUAAUGACUGCUCCAGGAAUGUCUACAUUAAGAAGAAUGGCUUUACUUUACAUCGAAACCCCAUCGCUCAGAGCACUGAUGGUGCAAGGACCAAGAUUGGUUUCGGUGAGGGCCGCCAUGCAUGGGAAGUGUGGUGGGAGGGCCCCCUGGGCACUGUGGCAGUGAUUGGAAUUGCUACAAAACGAGCCCCCAUGCAGUGCCAAGAUUAUGUGGCAUUGCUGGGCAGUGAUGACCAGAGCUGGGGCUGGAAUCUAGUGGACAAUAAUCUACUACAUAAUGGAGAAGUCAAUGGCAGUUUUCCACAGUACAACAAAGCACCAAAAUAUCAGAGAGGAGAAAGAAUUCGAGUCAUCUUGGACAUGGAAGAUAAGACUCUAGCUUUUGAACAUGGAUAUGAAUUCCUGGGGGUUGCCUUUAGAGGACUUCCAAAGGUCUGCUUAUAUCCAGCAGUUUCUGCUGUAUAUGGCAACACGGAAGUGACUUUGGUUUACCUUGGAAAACCUUUGGAUGGAUGACAGUGGCUUUCUUGGGAUGAAAGACAGAGUGGAGGAGAUAUCUGCUUGUGGGAAGUAGAAUCAUGAAGUGACAGUGUCAUACAUGCAUGCCCAAGAAACAUCCUGAAAAACACAUGAUAUUGUUAACUGGAGAAGCAACUCUACAGCAGAGAUGAUCUUAGUGUUUCCUCUUUCUACUGGGCCAGAAAAAUCCUCAGGGUUGCAGUUGGUUGAGUGGGCAGUUGACAUAUGCAUGUUUCAACAGAUUUUGUCUCUAAGUUAGCAAUGUGUUAUUUCCAACUUUUAAGGUGAGAUCAUAGAGAUGGUGUCAAAGGGAUAAGAUAAGGAACUAGCAAGAGUUUUUAA